UUACCAAACGAAACCGAAAGUGAAGCAACGCUUACGGAGAAGACGACUUCACAAGUCUUGGUGGCGCGUACAGAAUUCAUACCUUUCAAAGAAGGUGCAAUACAUUAAUGAAAAAGCGGAAUUUUCCAGGUGAUUGAAGUCUUUGGCCAUGGUGCAGCCUAAUGGAAUUAUGGGUAAUGAGCUAAAGUCAGAUAUGAUUGGUGGAGACAACUCAGUUGGGCUUCGAGCUCAGUGGUUUUCACACAUUCCACCAGAAUUGGCCAACAAUGAAAUUGUGCAGCGACUCCUAGCUGAGAAUCAGGAUCUCAGAGAGGCAAUAAGGCAAAGUAACAUGGCUCUGAGAGAUCGAUAUGAGGAAAUGCUUAGCUUUCGUUCCAAAAACCGUCAGGAGAGAGAGUUUCUUAUGGAGAAGUUUAAAGAAGCUCGUAUCUUAGUUGAACGGCUUAAUAAAGAUAAAUCUGAACUGCAGAGCCAUUUAGCAGUUGCAUUAAAAGAUAAUGAUGGACUGAAGAAAUGCUUUCAGCCACAGGUGUGUGAAGUUGGUCAAGAAAACAUGGAUGAAGAAAAGAUUGUGGAUCAGCUAGAAAAAGCUAAGAAAACCUUGGCAUGUUCGGGUAACUCCAGUCCAGCAGAAUCCCUCUCUUCCUAUAAAACACUCACUCAAAGCAUCUUUGACACAGUACGCUCCAUGGCAGAACUACAAGACAACACAUCUCCUCUUCCAGAACCAGCAGGGACCAAGCAUCCAGGAGAAGAAAUUCAAUCUCUGCAGCUGCUCAAAGAAACAAAUGAGAAAUUGGAGGUGAAACUGAAGGAACUGUGUGUAAGCAAUGAUAUGCUUCAGCAGGAAAAGCAGGAUCUGUUGGCAGUCAUCCGAAAACUGCAGCUGGAAUCUUCUGCCUUGGUAGGAAGCAGCACACUUCAGACAGCAGUUGUACAAGGAAAAAUCCAAACCGUUGGUGAUAAUGUACUUGACAGCCAAGAAGAUUCCAGUAAUACAGAAGAACUUAAAAAAGUUGUUGUGGAAUUAACUGAGAAACUCCAAGCUGCCGAAUGCAAGAUAACCGAACUGCAGAAUAAUGUUGAUACAUUUCAGAAGACAGCAGCUCAGCAUCAACGUUCUGAAGCCCAACUAGUAAAGCGCGAGAAAGAGCAAGAAAGAGCACUUGAAAAAAGACAGCAAGCACUUAAUGAGGUAACAAAAGACAAUGAGUCAUUAAAAGCUCAGGUGACUUCCUUGUUGGGGGAGUUGCAGGAGAGCCAGCAUAGUCUAGAGACUUGUCAAAAAGAGAGCAGUACAUUGGAAGAAAAGUUGCGCUGGAUGAGUGAAAAACUACGAACUCAGGAGCAGAAUUUUGAAGCAACAAAAAAGCAGGAUAGUGUUGCAUUGGACCAGCUGCGAAUGCAAAACCAAAAUCUGGAAUCUGCACUAAAGGCAGAGAGGCAUACUGUCUCUGAAGAAAAACGGAAACUGGCUCAGUUGCAGCAUGGUUACACACAACUUUUCAAAGAAUAUGACCAGAAGUUGAAAAUGGAGUCUGCCAACAAACAAAAGGGCUUAGAUCCAGAAGACCUUAAGAUACAGCUCCAAGAGGCAGAAAAUGCACUGGUUCUCAAGCAGAAUCUUAUUGACAAACUCAAGGAAGAGGCAGAGAAGAAUCGAAGUGCUUUGGAGACGGUGCCUGUUCUCACCCAUCAGGCAGAGAUAUACAAAGCAGAUUUUCUGGCAGAGCGGCAGGCUCGAGAAAAGUUACACGAGCAGAAGGAGAUACUCCAGGAACAACUUCAUCAAGUCCAAGUAGAGAGGGACAGGCUUAAGGAGCAGCUGGAAGGAACUUCAAGGGCUCGCAUGGAAGAGAUGCAGCAGAGACAUUUAGAGAAUUACCGAUCUCCACUACUUCCACAUCUGCAUCCCCACCAUCAUCCCCAGCCAGCUCCAUAUCCUAUGGCAGGAGCCACAAUUCCAUUUAGUCCAGCACAGGAUACUGGAGCACGUCGACGCAGCUUCAAUGAAGGACAGCCUGAAUUGUGUUGUCCUAAAUGCCAGUACCCGGCCCCAGAUUUGGACACCUUGCAGAUUCAUAUUAUGGACUGUAUCCAGUGAAUACAGACAUAAAGAAUAUAAUUCAUUGGAGAGAACAUUUAAACCCAUCCGUUCUGUUAAAUUUUAUGAAGUCUGUCUUGAAAUACACUGUGAACUGAAAUGUUUCUGAAUAUGGACUAAAUCCUUUUAUUUUGACUUUAAUUUUGCGCUGCCAUGAACCCAUCAUGGGUUUGUAUGUGUUUAUUUUGUUUGUAUAUCUUAGUUCACAGUCACCAUCAUAUUGUAUUUCCAUGAUUUUUUAAUUUUAACAUGAUGUUGAAACCACUAAAAUAAUUUUGUUUCCUAGCUUCUGUAUGUGCAAGUUUAUGCAAUAAGGAUGAGAGUUUAAAUUAGAUUUUGAUUUCUUCUGCAAUUGGUUGAGGACAUGAAAAUGGACAGUUAUAAUAAGUCAGUCUCUUUCCCCAUUGGUCUGGUCUUCACUCCAAGAAAGUAAAAUACAUCUUUCACUUGCUUCCCAAAGGCCUGUCUGCAGGAAAUCUUACAAUUCAAGUUGGUAUGUGAGGUACAGUAUGACAGUGCGGCUUUUAGUCAAAUUUAAGAUUUGAACAUUUUCCUGAAUUUGUUAAUGGUUGCUCAGGAUUGUCAAUUUAUGUAUAUCUAAAUUCCAGGCCAAUCAAAUUUGUAAUAUAGUGAAACAUUGUAUACUGUAAUUAAUAUUUUAAUCUAAUAAAAAGAUUUUAUGUGCUCCACA